GACCACGUCCCAGUUUGCGCGGGGCUCGCCCGCUCUCCGGAGCGCGCACGUCUCGGAGCGGGGCGUUGUGAGCCCGCGCCCGGCGGAGGGCCGGGAAUCCGCGGCUGUGCUCCGCCGGGACUCGAGGGCGCCGGAACCAUGUGGAAGUUGCUCAGGGCCCCGGCCCCCGGAGAACCAUACAGACUUUUGACUGGUGUUGAGUACAUUGUUGGAAGGAAAAACUGUGCUAUUCUAAUUGAAGAUGAUCAGUCAAUCAGUCGAAAUCAUGCUGUGUUAACAGCUAACUUCUCUGUAACCAACUUGAGUCAAACAGAUGAUAUUCCUGUAUUAACAAUAAAAGAUAAUUCUAAAUAUGGCACAUUUGUUAAUGAGGAAAAAAUGCAGAAUGGCCUUUCCCAAACACUAAAAACAGGAGAUAGAGUUACCUUUGGAGUGUUCGAAAGUAAAUUCAGAGUAGAAUAUGAGCCUUUGGUUGUAUGCUCUUCUUGUUUAGAUAUCUCUGGGAAGACUGCUUUAAAUCGAGCUGUUUUGCAACUUGGAGGACUUACUAUAAACAACUGGACAGAAGAAUGUACUCACCUUGUCAUGGUAUCAGUUAAAGUUACCAUUAAAACAAUAUGUGCACUUAUUUGUGGAUGUCCAAUUGUGAAGCCAGAAUAUUUUACUGAAUUUAUCAAAGCAAUUCAGUCCAAGAAACAGCCUCCACAAAUUGAAAGGUAUGUUUCAAAUAUGAUGUUUUCAGAAUUAAAGACAACGCCAGGGCCAAGCCUUUCUCAAGACUUGUCAGUCAAUGAAAAAAUAAUUCCAAGUGCUCCUGUGAAUGGUACAUUGAUCAUGAAUGGCUCAGAAUCAGAGCAACUAGAUGCUUGUAUAUAUUUGAGUGAAAUGUCAAAAGAAGUAAAAAUUUCUGGAAUGGAACAGAAAUUUAGAACACUUUCGCAAGAAACAUCUACUACAAAGGAGCCCUUCCCAAAUAAUAGUAAUAAUAAUACAGUAUCAAAUACUUUAGUUAAAACUAAGUUUUCAGACCGUCAGCUUUCACCAACUAAAGUCCUACCUGUAAAUAAAAGUAGAGCUUCAGCUUCUCAACAGCAGCUGAAUUCAAUCAAAAACUACUUUCAACCAUCUUCUAAAAAAAGGGAAAGGGAUGAAGAAAAUCAAGAAUUGUCUUCAUCCAAGUCAGCAAGAAUAGAAAUGUCUUGUUCUCUUUUAGAACAGACACAACCAACGACACCCUCAUUGUGGAAAAAUAAGGCGCAAGAUUCAUCUCAGGAUGAGCCCAUGGGCAAAGAAUCAGAUAACUUAUUUUCAGAUGAUGUAGAUUUAAAAUCUGAUGUGAAAAAUUCUGCCAGUAAAUUUCUUUCUUCAGAAAAAAGAAAAAUUGAUAUUUCAGCCAUAGAAGAUGAGAUAUUAGAAAAUUUACUCAAGGACACAAAGCCAGAGUUAGGAAAUAAUGUGAAAGUUGAAAAGCCAGAGGAAGAUGGGAAUAUUAGAAAAAAGCCAAAGAUGGAUAUAGAAACAAACAACUCUAAUGAUGAAACAAUACCGGAAAGGAGUAACAUAUCUGUCAAUGAUGAACUUCAGGACAGUAGUGAAAUGCUUCCAAGAAAGGUACUACUGACUGAAUUUAGAUCACUAGUGGUUAGUAACACCACUUCCAGAAAUCUGUGUGGGGUAAAUAAUAAUUAUGGUCAACUCAAGAAUUUCAAGAAGUUUAAAAAGGUCAUAUAUCCUGGAGCAGGAAAACUUCCACGCAUCAUUGGAGGAUCUGAUCUAAUACCUCAUCAUGCUCGAAAGAAUGCAGAAUUAGAAGACUGGCUGAAGCAGGAAAUGGAGGUACAAAAACAACAUGCAAAGGAAGAGUCUCUUGCUGAUGACCUCUUUAGAUAUAAUCCUAAUGUCAAAAGGAGAAGAUAACUGAGAACUUCAAAUGGAAAUUAUGAAAACAUGUUUCUAGAAGUUACUUCAAACUAACAGAUAAAUGAAUAGCCUAUACAAAAAGGUUUAAGUUGCAAAGUAUUUUGUCUUAAGUUUGUUACAUAAAAUGCAUACAACUCCA